UUUAUGACUCAAUAUUUUAUGCAAACAUGUAUUUGUGAGACUUGGUUACAUUUAGGACUUUCUUUCAGCCUCCCUGCUGCACUGACGGGACGUCAGCAUGAGGUAGGUGACUGCUGGAGGGGGGAGCGAGUUGGGUGGCGUGCAGAGGUCACGCCUCUGGCCUAAAAAGGAGAAGCAGAAUGCCAGUAGCAGAGAUAAAAAUAACUCUGGCUUUGAGCGUCAGAAACAGAACAUGAAUGCCUAAAAAGGUCUAAUUGUUGGAACCAACAGGAAAAACGCUUCCCAUCCAAACGAUCCUUUUAUUUAGCGUUAGAUCUCCACAUAGUGACCACUGCUGCUCUGCUAAACUUCAGCCUGUCAGCCAACACUCCCUCCUGGUUGAUCUAAUUUUGUCUGAGCCGAAAGGGGGGCGGAGGUUUCUCUAUACAGUCCCAACCAGGCAAAGGGCAAAGACCCCCCCGGCUACCCAAACUUGGUCGCCGUCUCUUCAGGUUCAUCCAAACUUUAACUCAAAAAAAGAGAGGAGUUUCCCACGAGUGGAUUAAAUUCUUCCUGGGAGCGAGGAGGAGAUCGUCUCUUUUCAUGGAAAGUUGUUAAGGAUUUACUGCUUCAGGAGUAUGACUGAAGGACAUGAAGUCCGGUCGUCAGUGACCACCACCAUGGUCAUCGACAGCAAAAACGGAGACGCCGGAGCAGCUUCCGCUCGGACGCCAAAGAAAACGUUCUCGGACGACCUCCACUCCACGUUCAGCUCCCCGCUGGCCUGGAUCUUGGUUUUAGCGCUGGUCAUCACCUGGUCGUGUGUUUUUGUCAUUAUGUUUGAUCUCAUGGACUAUAGAACCAUUUCAGAUGAUCCACCGACUGGCAUCAGGAAAGUUUGGAAGGAUUCAGGGCGUCGAGGAGGCAUCAAUAAAAUCAGCUCCGACCCCAUGAAGGUGGUGAAUGACGCCGUGGAGGAAUCAUCCAACGUCUUCACGGCGAUCUUAAACUUUGGGGCGAAUCUGAUCGCUCCUGAAGAAGAAGGAACCAUUUAUGCAGUUCGGAAAAAAGGGGAAUUUCUACCAACAAGAAGUAAAGUUUUAGAAAUGCAAGUUCAGAAGGAAACAACAGAAGUAGAGGAAGAGGAGGAGGAGGAGGAGGAGGAGGAGGAAGAAGAGGAAGAAGAGGCUGCUGGAGAGGAGGAGGAGGAGGAGGAAGAUGCUGCUGAAGAGGAAGAGGAAGGGUUGGUAAAAGAAGAGGAUGAAGAAGACGAAGAUGAAGAGGAUGAAUAUGAGGAAUAUGAAGAGGAGUUCGCAGAGGAGUAUGAAGAUUAUUACGGUGAGGAUGAAGAAGAUGUGUAUGAAGAAGAGGAGGAGGAAGGCGAAGAGGAUGAAGGAGAGGAAGAAGAACUGGCAGAGGAGGAAGAGGGUGAGGUAGAAGAAGAAGAAGAUGAGGAGGAAGAAAUUGAAGAAGAGGAUGAAGGAGCUGAAGAAGAGGAAGAGGCAGAAGAAGCAGUAGAAGAGGAUGAAGAGGAAGCUGAUGAAGAGGAGGCAGGAGAAGUAGUAGAGGAGGAUGAAGAGGGAGAUGAAGAAGAGGAGGCAGGAGAAGUAGUAGAGGAGGAUGAAGAGGGAGAUGAAGAAGAGGAGGCAGGAGAGGUAGUAGAGGAUGAAGAGGGAGAUGAAGAAGAGGAAAAAGUGGAGGCAAAAGAAAUAGAUGAGGAGGAAGAGGGAGCUGAUGAAGAGGAGGCAGGAGAGAUAGUAGAGGAGGAAGAUGGAGCCGAAGAGGAGGAAGAAAAAACUGUAGGAGAGGAUGAAGGAGAAGAUGAAGACGAGGAUGAAGACGGGGAGGUGGAAGAAGUUGUAGACAAGGAUGAAGAUGAAACUGAAGAAGAGGGGGCUGGUGGAGUUGAUGAGGAAGAAGAUAAGAUAAAAGAGGAAGAGACAGAAGAAGAGGAAGAGGAUGACGAAGAAGUAAAGAAGACAGAAACUGAAGAGGAUGGGGAUGCAGAGGAAGAGGAGGAGGAGGAGGAAACAGAAGAUGAAGAGGAGGAAGCAAAAAAAGCUGAAGAUGGAGAAGAAGAUGAAAAAUUGCAAGAAGACGAAGAUGACAAAACAGAAGUUGAAGAAGCAACUGCUGAUGAAGACGAGGGUGAGGCUGAAGAAGAUGAAGACGAGGGUGAGGCAGAACCUGAACCUGAACCAAAGCCUGAAGAUAAAGAUGAAGAUGACUUGGAGGAGGAAGCAGCUGGUGAAGAUGUGGGCAAGGAUGAUGAAAAGCCUGAGGAAGAGGAGGAAGAGGAGGCUGUAGCCACAGAUGAGGCUGAUGAAGAUGAGGAAGAGUCUUCAGAGGAACCUGCUGCUACUGAUGAGGAAGAUUCUCCUGUAGCCGUUUUGCUGUCAGAGGAUGAAGAGUUGGAUUCUGAAGCAGAGAGUGAUGAAGACCUAACGCUGUCUGAUGAAGACGAUACGACAGGUGAUGAAGACCUUCUUGACUCUUCAGAUGAACCGCCACUUCUUUCAAGCGAGGAAGAGGAAGAGAAAGACGAAGAUGUUCUGUCGUCUGACAGCGACGAUCUACCUGCAGACGACACCGACGAUGACUUGGGUCUUCCUCCUCUGGUGAUCGAUGAAGAUGAAGAUGAUCUUAAACCCGUUGCUGAGGAAGAUCUUCCUCCACUCAAAACCGACGAUGACAAAGAUGAGGAGGAAGAUCUGAAAACUACAGACGAUGAUCUGGACCAAUCAGGGGAAGACGAAUCCGUCGCCACCUCUGAGCAUUUUGCAGACGAUGAAGACGAAGAAGAGGAAGACUUUGAGGAUGAAGAUUUUGACAAAGACGUCGUGGUAACCGCUAAAAACGAGGAUGAACCUGAGGAUGAAGAGGACCUCCACGAUGAAGAGGAGUCUAACAUUCCCUCUUCCUCAUCCUCAGAUAGUGGAGUUUUAGGUGAUGAAGAUGAGAAAGAGGAGAUUUCCUUGAAGCUUGAUGAAGACUUCAGUGAUGAUUUAUUGACAAGCGACGACUAUAAAUCAGAGGAUGAAGAUGAGGAGGAAGAGGAGGACAAAGCCUCUGAUGAUGAUGAUGAUGAUCUUGAAGGAACAGAAUCCUUGAGUGAUGAAGAAGAUGAUGAAGACAUCUUGUUGGCAGCUGCCGCUGCAGCAGCACUCACUGGCCAAGAGGUGGCGCCAAAGACUGAUGAAGCUGAGGGUGGAGAGGAGCCCACACCGGACGAUGAUGAAGACGAACAGGCUGAAACAGACUCCAGCGAGGUUGAUGGUUCUGAUGAGGAGGAAGAGGAUGAGGAGGAAGAAGCUGGUGAGCCCAAAGAACCUGCGCACAAAGAUGAGGAUAAGAAAGAGGAGGAAGACGAAGAUGACGAAGAAGACCGAGCAACAGUGAACGUGGUGAAACCUUUGCCUGAGGCGGAAGACGAGGCCACAAAACCUGAACCUGCAGAGUGUCCAUGUUUGCACUCCACAAAAAGCAGGGAGGCUCCCAGCAAGGCGGAAAAAAGCAAAGAUGCUCCCAGGAGGGUUUCAGCUUUGAGAAGGAAAAAAGGUGUGGAAUCUGUGAGUCCUGAUGAAAAACUCAAAAAGCAGGGUCUUCCCAGAAUUGCAGGUCUGGAGUCCAAAACUAGGCGGAUCAGACUUGGACCUCUUCUCAAAGCCAAAUUAAAACAGAAGAGCAGAUCUGCAAAGAAAGAGACCAAAAAGCAGGAACACAUCACCGAACCUGCACCAGAAGUGGGUCCCUGCAGACCCGCACCAGUUUACUGCCCUUCCCCUCCAGGCUGGUAUGUUCAUCACAUAGUCACAGAUAAUCCGUACCCUCCUCCAACGGCGUCGGGUCCGUCUGCUCCGGUUGUGACGGUCCAUCCUGGAGUUCCACCGAACCCGCCGGUUUAUCACCCACAAUCUCCUCUGCCCCUGAUGCAGCCUCUGUAUGCUCCAUAUCAACCGUAUCAGCCUCUGUAUCAGCCUGUGGCUCCGCCUCCUCCUCCAGAAGUGGCGGAUCCGGUUCAGCCGGAGGCUCCAGAACACAAGGAAGCGACCCAACCGGAGGUCCAGACUCCGGCUCCACCCGCAGCUGGUGCUCAAGCUCCUCCUCCAGCUCCAGCUGAUAUUCAAGCUCCUCCUCCAGCUCCAGCUGAGGCUCAAGCUCCUCCUCCAGCUCCAGCUGAGUCUCAAGCUCCGCCUCCAGCUCCUGCUGAGGCUCAAGCUCCUCCUCCAGCUCCACCUCAAGGUGCACUGAUUCUUUCUUUAUCCUAUUUUUUGCCAUAUUUACACAUUUUAUAGCAUAAAUCACACAAGGAAAAGCUAAAAAACAUUCAACGUUAAAGCAUAAAAAUCAAAAUAACAUCAUAAACUUUCUCCUUUAAGAAGCAGAGACCGUCGUGGAAGAAGAUAAAACUGCCUCCGCCAAGAAAGCUACAAAGAAAAAAGUCAAGGCCGCCGCUUCAGUGAAAGAGCCGACAGCUAAAAAAGAGAAAACAAAAAC